UACGUUGAACCGGAAGUAGAAAGUAUGGUCGGGUCUACUGGCAGAUUUACCACCAUUGCCGCGAUCAGCGAUCCUGACAAUUAGCAUCUCGCCCGAUGAGAGAGUAACUACAUGUCAGUCAAACAGUUGCGUUUUCAUAUUUUUAUUUGUAUUUUCAAGUUUUGACGAAGCUGAGUGGGGGAUAUGUGGGAUCUAGCUGCUACAUUUUAGCACGGAAGAACCUAGGUGUGCUCUGAAACGAAAACCGGAAGUGGGAAGGAAUGAUGGGUAUGUAACGUUACCCUCUGAGGAACCUGUCGAUGAGGUGCGGCAGAAUUAUUGCACAGACGACAUGCUGUAUUUCUGUGCAGGUAGACCACAUUGUGACCAAUCUGCAAGGGUAAGGAUCUAACAAGACUGUUGUCCUUCCUUGUACGCGUGACUUAUAUUCAUAAGAUCGGACUAUGUAUGCGAGAGUUGAAUUCGGGUUCAAUUUGGGCAAACAGAGGAAACCCCUACACUAACAACGCCCUCUCGGAACGUUCAUGAUCACUCUGGUUCACCUGGAAAAAACUGAUCUCACCCAACUAACUGUUCACUGUUCAUUUGUGUGCGCGUCCGAAAACGCAACAUCAACACACCGUUAUUCAGACCACCUGUUAACUGUGUGCUGUCGUGAUGUCGUUGAUCGCGCUGUUUUUGACGUUUACUUCCGUGUUGUGCGUGGAGACUAGUUUUGCAACGGAAGUGGGAAGUGAGGGCGUUCCGUUCCCCCCAGUUCUCCAACCGAGCGACUCCGGCCUCCCAGUCGGCCACCUGUUACCGCUGGGCCACCAGAGAGAACCAGACGGGCCCGUCAAGGAGUACACACAGCCGCUGACUCCGACAGAAUUCUGGAAGCACCAUGCAAGGCGUCCUUACGUACCCCUUGUGUACAGACAAGCGAUCACCAAGGCCCCUGCUGUCACCAACUGGCAGAGUGAUGAGUACAUCAGGGAGAAGUAUGGCGACUUGGACGUCCUGAUUGAGAAGAAGAUCGAAGAUCGUAUGAAUCCUGUUCGGCUAAGGAUGCCACUGAGCGAGUUCUUAGACAACUAUCACCACAAGCAAUGGUACGUGGUGUCCUUGUUGCCAGACCCCAUGAGGGCCGAAAUGCAGGUGCCGCGCUCGUUACUCUGUGGCAAUUUUAAAGACAGCAUCCUAGAAUCGAACCUGUGGCUGUCGUCGGGAGGUACGAGGUCGGUUCUACACUACGAUGCAGACCACAACCUACACUGUCUGAUCUCCGGGCGCAAAGACUUCAUCAUGAUCCCCAACAUGUACGGUGAUAAACUCGACUUGGCAGACAACAAGAAAGCCGGAUCCGGGUUCACUCACAUGAAUGUGGACAAAGUGGAUCUCGUGAAAAACCCGCAAGUGUCGGAAGUUCCCUGGACCUGGGCCACCCUUCUGCCCGGAGACUGUAUUUUCAUUCCUUCCCGCUAUUUCCACCAAGUCCGGUCGUACGGGCGCAGUGUGGCCGCCACCAUCAUGUGGGACCCUUUUCCCGAGUUCAACGACACGAGCUGCGCCACGGAAAACAUCGACAAGUACACGGCGCUGAGCGAUGUCAGGCUGCAGUGGACGUACCACAAGGGAGACAAGGUCAUCGACAUGGGCUACAUGAACGUGGAGAUUAUAAGGAAAGCCUUUCUACAGAUGAUGAAAGAAGACAAAAUUGAGAAGUUUACUCCUGAAUUGCUCUCACAUCUUUACGCGCACAACAUGCUGAACGAAGAAGAAGGUGAGGAAUUGGGAGAGGAAGACAUGGAACACGUUAGGGAGGUGUUUUCCUACAUGGACAAGGAUAAGAAGGGGUACGUCACGGCAGAAGAGAUAGGAGGGAUGGACAUUGAAACACUGAAACGUGUUGCACGCGGGGUAGAAGAGGCCCACGGGCCUGUCGGGGAAGACACAGGACCGCGUGACGAACUGUGACACACACAAGGCAACACGAUAAAACAGAACCAGGUCAACAAUGAUGCCUUGACUCGGGCCCGUUCACAUGUCGUUCGAUCGCAUUCUUGAGUUAGUCGUGCAGAGCAGCAGCAAAUUCAAAUGUCUUGGCACUGAAAUGGCUACAACACAAAAUCUAUCAAAUGCUUUAAUUGGCUGCUAUGGCGCCUACUUGUUAUGAUAUCCGUGUAAGUGUAAUAGAAUCUGGUGAUUGCCAUACGCUCUCUCCCUUCGGAGCCAGGUUUGUGUCAUGUUUCUCUAAAGCCCAUAUUUAGUAUCUACCGAUUUACAGAACAACAAGUAGAUUACUCCUUUUCCCCCCGCAAGUUUAGGUACAUCACGUGUUGUUCAUUUGAUAUCUUGGAGACACAUUCGCAUCUCUUAUGAGUCAUCUGUCCGUGUCAGUCAAUAAAAACGAUUGAACUGUUGGAGUUUUAAUUUCUACUAUCAAUACCCCCUCCCGUAUGUACAUCAAUGUAAGCAAGUGCAUUGAGGAUCCUGAUAAUGAUAAUAAACUUUAUUGCACAACAAUUGUACGAGGUACAACGCACAACUUGAAGAAAGAUAUCUAUCAAUGUACAUUUCAGGUUGGGA